GCUUCACGACAAAAUGGCGACCGAUGCAGAGCAUAAAAGAAAGUACACGCAGAGUCAGAAAAUGGUAUUAACCCACAUAUUCUGCGGCGGUUUUCUGUUGGCUUGCUUUUUCUUUACGGCAGUGUUUUUCCCGUUCCCUAAACCGCACCUACCAACCUUAUUUGACAGAGUUGUGUUCACCCUUCGCUGGCUGAUCGUGUCUCUUCUCCCCGUCUGGGCUGGAGUCAUUUUGGUUGGAAACGUGCGAUUUGCAACAUCUGCUAUUGACCCACUUGACCAAAGCGGCGAGAAGUACAUAAAAAUGCGUUCGAAUUUUCUUCAGAACACCGUUGAACAGUUCUUACUCCAUUCUUUUGGUCUCACUGUUUUGUCCACUUAUUUGUCUGAGGAAAGUAUGCACUGGGUACCUCUCCUGGUGAUCCUGUUCGUUGUCUCUCGAGUUCUGUUUUUCGUAGGCUACUCUAUACAUCCUCUUAAAAGAUCCAUUGGAUUUUUCAUGACAUUUGCCCCAAGCGUUGCGGUCAUGCUAUAUUCUUUGUGGUGCUUGAUUGUUUAUGGAUUUGACGCGUAUCGCUGAGAAAAUAAAGCCGCUUAACUUUGGUUUACUGUGGACUGAAGCCAAGAGUUCCUUUAUAAACUGUACUGCCUGAUACCAAAGCCUUCAGUUACCAUAAUUUUUCAGACAGGAAGAGCUGUAAGACUCCUUUACAAAAGGACCUAGUAAAGUGACAAAAGGUAUCUCAUAGCCUACGUGUAGCCGUACCCUCCCCUCCUCAAGGUAAAACGUUUCACCUUGCGGGGGAGGGUACGGCUACACGUAAGCUAGGUAUCUCUUAGCCCAUCAAAAUUACGAAUACGAGCCUUUCUGUUGCAGUAAAUCAGUUGAAAAGUAUUUGAUGUAGCAGCCUGAGAAUGUCUGAAAUGUGGAUGA